AUGGAAUCAAACAUACUAGCUAAAAUCCUCAUAGAUCGCCUCCCCGAAUGGGAAGAUAGAGGCUGGAUCGGUAUUAGUGGAGCCACGUACCUACGCGCCCUAGUAAACAGACUACGCCAACGGUGCGCAGUAACCACCUUCCGAACCCCAGCAUCGCAAGAAGAACAAAGCCUGCGAAAUGACAUAAGCGACCGCCUACAGACGAGAUGGGCCAGAGCCCAACAGAUACCGGUACCUCCGACGGAAGUCUCCGCCUUCAAAUUAUCAGGAGCAAGAGUUGCGGUACUCACCCAACAGAUAGCCUACAAAGGAAUACGCGCACACGCACGCACGCCGAAGCGUCCGUCAACUAUGAGAACGAUAUCCUCAGUCUUAACACAUGUCCAGAACAAGGAAGAAGCAGCCCUCGAGGCGCUGAUAUGGAGAAGUGGUCGACACAAAGACCUCGCACGCCCCAUAGCAGACUUCCUAUGGAAGAACUUGCACAAAGCCUAUAAGGUUGGAACGUACUGGUCACACAUCCCGAACUAUGAAGACCGCGCCGAAUGUAAACCAUGCGGUGUCACUGAAAACAUGGAUCACAUACUCCUCAAAUGUAACGCAGAUCACCAAGACACCUUAUGGCGACUGACACUACGCCUUCUCCACAAGAAGGGCUUCACGAGGACCUCUCUGUCAUACGAAGACAUAUUGUCCAUAGGCCUCUCACCGAAGUCAAACAAGAACUCACCUAUUCGCGAGCCUCAUCUCCGUCUUAGGAGAAUCGCUGUGUCUGAAACAGCCUAUCUCAUUUGGAAGCUCCGCUGCGAGCGAGUCAUUAGGCAUGAGGACGAUCCAGAGUGGAGACACAACAUACAAUCUGUUAUUGCGAAGUGGUUUUAUACGAUCAACAGACGACUAAGACUGGACAUAUGGAGCACCAAACGACGCUUUGGUCGCCUACAGAGAAACAAGAAUUUAGUCCUGGCGACAUGGACGAAAGUACUGGAAGACGAGCUUGCCCUUCCAGAAGAUUGGACGACAGUCCACAGGUUUUUAGUGGGUAUUGAUCCGGAGCUCUGCAGCGAUAUAGACCCCGGAUAG